AUGUCUUCAACUGCAACUUACGGAAACUUCGACACCCAUUUCUUUGCUGGCCAAGACGAAAUUGGGGAAGACGGAAUUUUGACCAUCAACAAGAGAAACAGAGAGCAAUCUCAUUACCCUGAAUUCUUGCCUACUUGGGAUCCCAGCCAGAAGUACCCACCUUUGAAGUUUUUCAAGCAUGAAGAUCCUGGAAAGAGAGCCGAUCCAUCUUUCCCCAAUCUAUUUGCCAAAGAUCACGAACAAAUCGUCAAGAAAGUCACUCCCAAGUUGGGAUCCGAAGUUAGGGGAGUUCAAUUGUCUCAAUUGGACUCAGCUGGUAAAGACGAGUUGGCUCUUUUUGUGGCACAAAGAGGAGUGGUAAUCUUCCGCGACCAGGAUUUCGCAGCCAAAGGUCCAGCUUUCGCAGUUGAAUAUGGUAAACACUUCGGAAGAUUGCACAUCCACCCAACAUCUGGUGCUCCAAGAAACCACCCAGAGUUGCACAUCACCUACAGAAGAGCUGAUCCCGGCGAAUUCGAGAGAGUUUUCUCCAAUAGCACUAAUGCUGUUCAGUACCAUACUGAUGUAUCCUACGAGUUGCAACCAGCAGGGAUCACUUUUUUCUCAGUAUUGGAAGGGCCGGAAUCCGGUGGUGACACCAUCUUCGCCGAUUCAGUCGAAGCAUACAACAGAUUAUCUCCAGCUUUCCAGAAGAGGUUGGCCGGCUUACAUGUGUUGCAUACUUCCGAAGACCAAGCUUCUAACUCUAGAGGCCAAGGUGGAAUUGAAAGAAGAAAGCCAGUUUCAAACAUCCAUCCAUUGGUCAGAAUUCAUCCAGUUACCGGUGCAAAGAGUUUGUUUGUCAAUAGAUCAUUUGCUAGAAGAAUCGUUGAGUUGAAAGAAGAAGAAUCCGAGUCUUUGCUUAAAUUCUUGUACGACCACAUUGAGCAAUCCCAUGACUUGCAAUUGAGAGCCAAUUGGGAACCAAACACAGUGGUUAUCUGGGACAAUAGAAGGGUGCACCACUCAGCCAUCAUCGACUGGGAAACUGCAGUUUCUAGACAUGCCUUCAGAAUCACUCCACAAGCCGAAAGACCUGUGGAAGACUUGAAGGACUUGAAUAAAGAAGAGUACGACGUUGGUGAUGUUGCUGAAGCUUUGAAAGCUGUUUUACAUUAG